CGUGCGUUUGCUCAAGUGUGUGUCUGAAUGUUUACUAUUUUAUUCAGAGAACCUUUUGCCGAAAUUAUAUUCUUAAAGCUGUCUGCCAUCUUGUGAUAUCAUCUUUUAGACUUCUCAAAUUUAAUUAGUGCAGCAUUCUGAUUGGGUGGAUUUAUUCGUGUUAAAUGAUACAAUCUUUCAGAAUAAAUUCAAUUAGUAGGUUUUUAGGAGAUCAUAACUUAUGCUAGACUCUGGUUUCAGCGGUUGAAAAUAUUCUGUGGAUUUAGGUCGAGCGCUUUAAUCAGCACCCGUAAUUAGAGCAGCCUCUUCGUUGUCGCAUAGAGAGGAUUUGAACCAUGACCGCAAGUACUUUUUGCUGUGCUGUGUUCUUUAUGACCUCAGUCUCGUAUUCGAUUUCUUACUUCAACUGCGAGAAAGGAAUCUACGAGUCCAUGUCUAAUAUUGUACAAGAAUGUCAAAAGACGUCAUAUGCUCCAAACUUGAGAACCUUUCGAAAGACGAAUGUUCAGAUUUCCGGUCCAGCCCUUGCAGAUAUGAUGGAGAAGUAUUGCUUGCUGUCGGACAAAAUAUUUCGCUGUGGCAAAGCGAUGGUCGAGUUCAUCCCCUGUCUGUCACAUCAUGGCGUCAGCUAUGAAACUAUGAUCAACAAAUCUCAUUGGUUCUGCAGCGGCCUUGAACUCAAGAAUGAAUUUCGUGACAUUUUUAAGGGGCUUCCGUUGGAAACACUAGACUAUAAGAGCAACGUCUGCUACCGGUCAGCUCCGGCCAAGACGUACGAGUGUCUGCGUAGAUAUCUGGACACGGUGUCAAGGCACACUGGUCUAAGGGAGACAACAAGACGAAUUCUGGCCUCAUUGAGGUGCUCGUUCCGGACAAUGAUGAAAGUUUGUUCCCGGGACACGUCUCUCGUGCUGGUCUUACUGGAAUAUGAUUGGUUGAUUAUUCCCCCUGCUCUGGGCUUCAACAUAUCAGAUAUUCUAAUUACGUUAUCUCAGAUUUAAGUAUACUGCAGAAAUUACUUGAACAGAAAUUACUUGGAGAGAAAUUACUUCAAGAGAACUGCUUGAAUCAACUAAAACUUUCUUAUUUUGUACUGUAAAUUCUCAAAUACUAAACAUAACGAGUGACUGAAUUAGAAAAAAAAAAGGCAUCUUAUGGUAUGAAAAACAACAACACUACAAAGGAACCAUUCUGUCCAGCUUAAUGUUCGUGCAUUCCUUGAUGUUGUCCACUCAGCUGUUAAUCUUCAUUGUUCCUGGUAUUGUUUCUUGUAGGAAUACAGGGCUAGAUUUAAAUGAGGCCGGGUGGAGGGGGGGGGGGUUACAGCCCCAGGGACUCUAAAAGAUAGAUGCAUCAGCAUAUAAAGAUAAAAAUAUAUCCGAAUUUCGAUGGAUUCAGAAACUUUUAAGUGUUUUUGUUGUUGUUGUUGUUGUUGUUGUUUGUGUGCAAAAAAGUCGGAAUAAAUAAAUGUACGCGUGUUGCAUGCUCGGAAUAAGUAAAUGCAAAAUCCGGACUUACUGCAGUGUGUUUACCAAGGGCAUUAUUCUCCACAAACGAAAUAAUAUACACUUUUAAAACUAAAAUAUACAAUAUAAAAUAUUCUUUUAAUAGGAAAGUGAGAUCGAAUUGACAAAAACUCUAUUUCAUUCUUCUAAAAUGUAACAUUUUUUUAGAUAUAAGUAUUUUCAUUCAUAAGUGGAUCUUUAUUACAGCUUUUGAAAAAUUUUAGGGGUCUGCACAAAAAUCCUGCCCCGGUGUC